AUGAUGUCUGUCUUCUCAGUCCUGUUCACCUUAGUGUUUUUCUCCGGACUGAACAGCCACUCGGUCACCGUGGCCAAGCUUUCAAGCAAAGCAGAUGUGUCAACAGACCAAGAAGGUUUAGACUCCAUUAUCGGUGAUGAGACGAUGGCUGAAUCACUUUUGGUUCCCACAAUGUACAGACAGAGCGUGAUGCUGGAUAACAACAUGAAGGAAGACAGGACUCCAAAAAUCUUCAUCAUUUCAGACACGGGGCUGAAAGGACACGGUGUUCGUGCGAAGAAGCCGGGCUUCUCCUGGAGACAUCCUCUGAUCUCAGAACGGAGCUUGAGUCACACUCCUGAGGAGUUCACUUUGAAUAUAGAUGAAAGCAAUAAAAACCUUAACCUGUUGCUAUGUAUGAUUGGAAGAGUAUACCGACCCUGUUGGGAAGCAAAUAACUUAGCUUCCCAAAGCCUUGCUGGUUCUUGA